AUGAGUGUUGGCAGAAAGAAAUCAGGUUACCUGGCUUUGGUGAUUGCAGCCUGUGUGCUGAAUUUUCAGAGAGCGCUUCCUCUUUUUGGGAUCACCGUGGCUGCCAUCUUCUUCAUUGUCUGGGAUCACUUGAUGGCCAAAUAUGAACAUCGAAUUGAUGAGAUCAUAUCCCCAGGCAAAAUGCUGCUGAACAGCCACUGGUUCUGGCUGAAGUGGGUGAUUUGGAGUUUAUUGAUCCUAGCGAUCAUCUUCUGGCUGAUCUUCGACACCGCCAAAUUGGGCCAACAGCAGCUGGUGUCCUUUGGUGGACUCAUAAUGUACAUUAUCCUGUUGUUUAUAUUUUCCAAGUACCCAACCAGAGUUUACUGGAGACUUGUCUUUUGGGGAAUUGGGUUACAAUUUCUUCUUGGACUGUUAAUUCUAAGGACUAAUCCUGGAUUUAUUGCUUUCAAUUGGUUGGGCACACAAGUUCAGGUCUUGCCAAUUGUGAUUUUCUUCAGCACUGUGAUGUCCAUGUUAUACUACAUGGGAUUGAUGCAGUGGAUCAUCAGAAAGGUUGGAUGGAUAAUGCUUGUUACUAUGGGCUCAUCUCCUAUUGAGUCUCUAGUUGCUGCUGGCAAUAUAUUUGUUGGACAAGUAAGUUGCAAUACCAAGAAAGCAAGCAAUACAAGACAUCUACUAAAUGGAUACUUGGGUGCAUACAUUUCUUUUGGAGUUUCAUCCACCCACUUAUUAACAGCUUCAGUUAUGUCAGCACCUGCAUCAUUGGCUGUUGCUAAACUCUUUUGGCCUGAGACAGAAAAACCUAAAGUAACCCUCAAGAAUGCCAUGAAAAUGGAAAAUGGUGAUUCAAGGAAUCUCCUAGAAGCUGCAACACAGGGAGCAUCCUCAUCUAUCCCUCUGGUGGCAAACAUCACUGUGAAUCUGAUUGCCUUCUUGGCCAUGUUGUCUUUUGUGAAUUCAGCCCUGUCAUGGUUUGGAAACAUGUUUGACUACCCACAGCUGAGUUUCGAGCUAAUAUGCUCCUACAUCUUCAUGCCCUUUUCCUUCAUGAUGGGAGUGGACUGGCAAGACAGCUUUAUGGUUGGCAGACUCAUAGGUUAUAAGACAUUCUUCAAUGAAUUUGUGGCUUAUGAGCAACUCUCACAAUUGAUCAAUUUGAGGAAACAGGCUGGACCUAAAUUUGUGAAUGGCACUCAGCAAUAUAUGUCAAUUCGUUCUGAGACAAUUGCCACUUAUGCCCUCUGUGGGUUUGCCAACAUUGGUUCCCUAGGAAUAGUGAUCGGUGGACUCACCUCUCUAGCUCCUAGCAGAAAGCGGGACAUCGUCGCUGGAGCAGUAAGAUCUCUGAUCUCAGGGACCGUUGCUUGCUUCAUGACAGCCUGUGUCGCAGGCAUACUCUCUGGCACCCCCGAGGACAUCAACUGCCAUCACGUUUUAGAGAAUGCCUUUAGCUCCAGUUUACCUGGCAAUGCAACCACAGUGGUGUCUUGUUGCCAAAGUCUGUUGAGCAGCAUUACUGUCAAGGAGCCUGGUGAGGUCAUCCCAGGAGGAAACUACAACCUGUACUUUGUGAAGGGCUGCUGCAAAUUAUUGAAUCCACCAACACUGAACUGCAGUUGGAUCCCUGACACAUUUUGAAUUCCACCACUUCCCCAUUGGAACUCUGAGUGAAGAUGUUGAGCUAUUGUCUACGGAUUAAUAAAUUUAAUCAUGGAAUCAAGUUUAAUUGCAAGGAAAGAAGAAAAAUUAAGAGUGAACCUUCCAGAGCUAUAACAUCUCCCUACUUCCCUUCCUUCCCCAACACACCUUCUCCACACUGUGACCUACUAUGAUGUCUCCAACUGAGGUAUCAUCUCCACUCUCAACAGUGUCUUCUAACCUUACAUUUUUAAGGCAUUUCAUGACAAUACAGGUUUAAACAGUAGCUCUCAAUAACACGGCUGUGACUCAGCCAUAUCUUCUUAGAUUAAAUGGCCCCAGAGUGACUUGUUUUAAACACAUCUCAGGUGACAUCACUCUGCAUUCACCCUAACUUCCCUGAAAUAAUUUGAACUUGAAUUUCACCCAAAAGGAAGGCUGAUCAGCAAACACCUACUGAUUGGCUACCAUCCAGAGGUCCUACCUAAAUCCAAAGUUCUUCAGAAAACCAUGUAGACCAUACCAGAAUAAGGAUUUAAAUUCUGUAAUCUUGGAGAGUUGUAUCAAUCAGUUUAAGUUAAGUUAUACUGCAGUAACAAACAAUCACAAAAAGUUGUAGCUAAAUUUAUCUUUCACUCAUAUUAUGUUUGUAAUGGUCAACUUUGGCUUAAUCUAUAUUUUCUUAAUUUCCAGGAUGCAGGCUAAAGAAGCAGCCUUUGUGUGAGGCAUGCUGGUAUUAGAGAGGGAAAAGAAAGGUAGGGAUAACAUGAUGGUUCUUAAAAUUUCUGCUAGUGGAAGUGACACCAUUCACUUGCCCUAUAUUCCAUUACCCAGAAGAAGUCCUAUGGGAAAUAUAAUGUCUGUGACCAUAGAGGAAUUAUCCUAUCAAAGAGAAGGAUGGUAAGUAUUUUACAAGAAUAAUAUGAUACUACAGAGUACAUGAUAUCUAUUCUUCCUUCAAGGAGUCGACUUGUUACAGGACAUAAUGGUAGGUCUAUUCAUGUGCAAAUUUAGUAAUAUUCCUGGUGACAAGACUGGAAAGCAAUCUUCAUUCAAAAAAAGCCAUAUAAGGACUAAUCAAGAAGAAAAAUAAGUUCUUGUUCAGAUCUGAACAACUUCAUUAAUAUUUCCAUUGACCAGAGAGAUGUCAACAUCAAACUUGCUAACUGGGUCUCAGAAAAUGUCAGAGAUGAUGGUGCUUUCCUUUAAUGACAUGCUCAUCACUGAUGCUCUUAAUAUUCCAAAGAACACAUUGUGUGAGAAAACACCAAUGCCUCUGAGUCAAAAAGUGACUCACAAAGAAGAGACUCUGAAUGUGACAAAGUUCUGAUACCUUAAGCAAUUUGUUUCUUUUUUUUUUUUUUUUUCAAUCUGUUCAUGCACAGGAGUUAUUAUUUUUUAAAAAGAUCAUGAGUAAACAGUUGUGUUGUUUUGCUGUUCUUUUGGUUUUGGUUUGUUAGACAUGAAGGAGUGAUCUCAAAGGACUCUUUAUCCUUGAAGUAAAUAUACCAAAAAUAUUUCUAAUUUUUUAUUUGAAUUCAUUUUUCUUGGGAUCCAAUAUGCCCUUUCAGUCUUUACACUUUAUUUUAGAAAAAUAUAUUUGCAUGUCUUUUUGGUUUCAGGCUUCAUUAUAGCAUAGGACAAUAUGUCAAAACUGCCAAUAAUUCACAUUUUGGUUCUCCUUUCUCAGUUAUGGCUAUGUAAUGACAAAGGAUCGAGUUUAAAAAUUCGUUGGCUAUUAGAGAGCCUCGGGGAUGAAAUGGAAUAGAAGGAUCCAAAGAGUUAAAAAGAAUUAGAAAAUCUUUUGUCAUUACUAUUCUUUAAAUAUUUGUAACUCUCCUCUAAGCUUGUUUUUUUUUUUUUACAUAAUUGCUACUCUGCUUAUUAUUAAGUUUGUCUUUUCAAAUUGUAAAAUUAGUCAUCUUUAAUAAAAAAUGAAGAUUGUAUAAACAUAGCUAAACAUAUUUCUCCUCACCCUGUUUACCUGGCUCUCUUACCAGUACCACACCCCCAGGCUGUCACUGUUAAUUGACUAGCUCACACAUCUUUCUCCUUGCUUAUACAAAUGGUUUAUUAGAAUGCGGGGGAUUUAUUGUUGGUGAGCAAAUGGAAUGAGUCUAUUUACACAUUACUUUAACUUCCUUCUUUUUAGUUGGCAAUAAACAUGGACAUUCCUGAAAGUUA